UCUGUUCCGUAUAUGUGAUGUCGAUAUUGUUUUCGAUGGUUUCACGGACGACGAAAGCGACGUAGUCGUUUGUCUUUUUACAAAAUCAUUUUCAAGAAAUAGUUCUCAUCAAUUCUAAUCCGAUGCUAUUAAAUUUAUUUCACGGUGUUGAUAAGAUUGAUAUAGAAUGGAUGCAAAAGGAUAUACACAAUCUAAUGGUCCGGUGGAUCAUGUCGCAUUAUUUGCUGUAAAUAAUAAACCAGAAUAUAGGAGAGUCUACCACUUACUUGAUGAACUUGGCUUUAGCGAUCAUAAAUCUGUUUUUAGUGAAAAUCAACUCAGGGACUCCAAUUUAGCUUACAUAGAUUCCGAGGAUGAAUUAAAGAGCCUACUGAAGGAAGUUGGCCUUCCUAUUGGUCUGGUGUUUGCAUUUGUUAAAUUAUGGUUUCGUUGUAAAGACAAACCAGAUAGCUGUCUAGUUGAUGCAAAUGCCCUUAGUCGUCAAUACCCUAACGGAAUUGUGAAUAACGUCGAUAAACAGACACAGACUAUAGUUAACAUGGCAAAUGUGGAAACUCAGACUGAACAUUUAAAUAUUUAUCCAUCUCCACUUCUACAUGCGUCUGAUCCUUACGAGAUGUUCAAUCCAUUUUCAAGCAGCUUUCAAUAUUUAUCCCAACGAAUACCUAUUCCUAACAGUAUAAACUCGACGUAUCCAUUUGCACCGCCUUGGGCUUUUAAUCCCCUUAUGACAAAAAGCUCCCAAUAUAAUCCCUCUGGGGAUGUUUCCGAGUUGAGUGGCUUGGUGAAUGGUUUUGCAGUCUCUGAUGAAAGCAUCAUCGAUCCCAUGGAAAAUUUUAAUCCUCACGAUAACGAGGAGUCCAUUCCACUAGAGAAAAAUGGCAGCGAGGUAGUUAUAGAGUCGAGCAAACCAGUAAAUAUAUCUAGCCAAUAUUCCCUUUUUCCAGACGCAGAGCCUUUGUGUUCACCCAAAACAUCCCAUAUUCUUGGUGAUAAGGAUGACAUGGCGUUUGAUCGUUCGUUAUCCCAGGAGCUUGACCAUCGAUCUUAUGCAACUGCUUUAAAGGAUCACAUGGACAGCCAGCAUUCUCUACCCAUCAAUCUCCAAAGUGAUCCUUUACUGUCACCUGGUGCGCGCUCUCGUUCUUCUAGUACGACGUCGACAAAUAAUCUGUCUCGUUCAGCAUCCAGUGCGGAAAAUCAUACCUUGAAUCCAUUGCGAGAUACGUCAAAACCACCAAACCAUCGUACUUACGCUGGUGUUGAUGAUAUUGACCCGAAGUCACAUCUUAUAAAAUAUAACUCCGGCCUUCCUAACCUUACAUUUUCUUAUUUCUACGAUAAUUUGCCCGAUAGUGAGGAGUAUAAAGAAGCCAUGAAGGAGAAACCCGUUAAAGCGGGCUGGAAGCCUCUACCUGGUAAACACGAGAAGACGGGGCGCCGUUAUGAUUUUAAAGCUCAAUAUAUAGACAAGGAAGGUCGUAUGCGUCAUGGUGUUCGGGUCCGUGGAGCACUAAAGUCUAUGGAAUGUUGGCUGCAUACCAAUAAUAAGCCACCGUUCGAUUGUCUGUUUGCACAUUCUCGUAUCGGGGAUACUAUGGAAUUUAUUUGCGUUAGGUGUACCUUCGAGAAAGGUAGGAAUUAUGAAUGCCGCGAUAAGAAAGGUCACGUGUCAUUCAUCUGCAAUUUGGGACCAUAUCGAGACAUCAAUGGAGAAAAAUGGCGCGGCAAACUGGAAUCAUCUUAAUUUUUAUUAAAAAUUCUUUUAAAAUAGUAUAAAAUAUGCAAUGUCUUGGUAUUUCUUUUGCACUAUUAUACGUUAUUAGAUUCUUUAAUUCACAGCAACUGAUAAACUCUUUUCAAUCGGCUAAAAAAGCUAAUGACGCAGAUACACGUUCUAUACUUUGUGAUAUAUGGAGGAAGGAAUAAGCGGACUGACAUAGGCUCGAAUGAACGAAGGUGUACAUCUGUUGUAAUAACUCUAUAACCAUUGGCAACAAUAAAUAUUCUUUUUAUCAUGA